UGGAUGUAAAAUCUAGGAUCUAGUGUUAACUGAUGGUCUAGAACAAGGAUCACCAAAAACACUCUCCACGUUUUCAAACUGUUUAUAUAGUUCGAGAAUCUAGGGGCAAAAAACGUGUCCACGGGAUAUAGAACUUGCGAUAGCACUACCAAUUGAUCCCGGCGGUUGCUCUGAGCGUAUUGAACCACUCACUAUUUUGCUCGUCGCAACAUUCUUCCCUGAACCUAGUGCACUCCAUCUCCUCCAACCUCCGCCGGCGUUUAGUUUUCUCCGCACUCCAUCUCCUCCAACCUCCGCCGGCGUUUAGUUUUCUCCAAGUAUUGUCCGGAGACGUGUUAUCUAAACUAUUUCAUGCUGAGGUAAACUCGGAACGUCUUAUCUAAACUAUUUCAAGCAGAGUUAUUUUCUGAAAGACGAUCAGAACAAACGCUGGCAUCAAUUGGUCGUACCAUGGAAAGUUCCAUAUCCCGUGGAGAAGUUUUUUGGAGAAGUUUUUUGGCCCCUACAUUCUCGACCUAUAGACAUAGUUCUAACGCGCUUCUCAUUACACGGAAAAUCUAACGCGCCUCUCAUUCCUCGGAAUUGUCACACCGGAAUACCCUCUUAGUAUGCAUUUACACAAGUCCUCGUCCCAGUCUUACGCAAUUCCCAUGUCCUUUAAAGACAUAGUCUCAUGAUCCUCUUCUUCCGGAAAAUACACAGGGGCGCGCUUCUGCUUCUUCGAGCCACAAACAUCUUCCUCAAGAAUCCCUUCCCACCACGCAUCAUUGUGUCAUCGAAGCUCAUCCACUUGAGUGAUAUAAGCAGCCAUCCCGCACUGAAGAGUCGUCUUGCGGCGACCGUUGAGCUUGUUAUCUCCAGUAAGUCUCGCGUUCUUCGCGAGUCUUUCUGCCAAAAAGUCCAGAGCCUGAUUUUCCAGGUCCCAUAAUGGCCAGCAUAGCACCCGGUUCUGCAUACCCGUCAAGAUGUGGAGCAAAACUUGGUGUCGGAUUUGCUACCCACGGCGACCUCCACCCACAACUCUUUCCUCGUCAAUCUUGCAGGCAUCUCCGUUACAGUUUCUUUCUUUAUCUUGUUACAGUUCCAAACCCUACUACUGAGAGGGCUCAGCCCAACAGGAGGCAUCUUCUUGCCUUUGCUACCGAUGCCAUCGUUCGAAGAGCCCACCUUACCGAUCUCCACUUGGCUAGUGAAAACCAUCGUCACUUCCUGGGAUGCGCGACGAGACUCAGAGCAAUGAGUGGAAUUCUCUGCUGGAGUCUGUUGAGCUACCAGACUGACUGCUCGUGGGCAAUACAAUACACUCAACAACAAUAUAUCACGUACUGCUGCCACUGCGGCGGCCAACUCACAAACAUUCUAAGAAAGAAUGGUGAAACGAUAUCGGGAGGUGACCGGGUUGACCAUUUCCAUCUCCGUAUUCUUUCACUCCCACCACUCGGAGUAAUCUUCGACUCGCGCAAAUCCCUAAUCCUUCCUGCUCAAUCGCGAUGCCCCUCUCUCAUGGAUCCCUCGUUCCGGCACUCAUCCCACUUGCACAUCGCCUUCUUUAACAUACUCUAAAAUCUCCUAGUGUCAUGAAAAUCUAGCGAAAGUACAAUUCAUUCUUUCUCAACAAUUGGUUACGGGUGGGUGAGUUUGUUCCAUCAAUACUGUACCUAAAAUAAUCAUUGAAUUGUGUAACUAUUAAGAUAAUAUAUUUUUUCAAUUUAAAAAA